UUAAAAUCUUGAAAUUGCAGAUUUGACAGGAUCAGUUGAAUUCAGACCCUCAGACAGGAUACAGGAUGAAGAUUUUAUUUCUGAUUCUUGCUGCUUCUUCAACCUCUGCUCAGCUCCUGGGAGCAUUUAGGGAGAAGUAUGAGAGUGUAAAAUCCAGGCUUCAGUGUGCUGAAAUGCCGACCAAUGGAACUUGUGCUAUUCUUUUUGAUGAGGAUGACUGCUCUGGAUGGCAGCUGCAUGUAAAUGAAGGAUACACCGAACUACCCAAACAAACCCUUGGCGACAAACUUGGAGGACCGUUAAUUGACAAUCCUAAGAAAAAUGAUGCUGAAGCUGUUCUUGUAAGAAAAGGUUGUAUUCUGGUCGGAUACGAUCAUGAUAGAGAUUCAAUAUUUACUGGACUGGGUAAAGCAGCAGUUGUAGCAGCUGUUGGAGCUCACAAAUACCAGAACUUUGAUGAAGACGGAUAUAAAGACAUAGAUGAAAAGAUCAGCUCCGUAGACUGUGUUUGCUCUGGCUUCUCGUUUAGCGCCAAUCAACCAGCUGCUACUGCUGGUACUCCUAGCACCACUACUACCAGAUCGACCAGUGCUGGAACUACAACAGUUAAAACUGUUGAUAGUACAACUGGUACUAUUAGCGGAGUGGGACAAUCUUUGAAGAAUUUCUUUUCAGGCGGAAAGAAAAACUGAACCUUUCUCGUCCGUCCCCUUCCCAUCUUUCAUUUCAAUGUUUUUCAUGUUAAAUCAGUAAUUAUAUAUUAAUUUGAUAAUUCAAAAAUGAUACAAUUGUAUUUAAAGUGCAAUUCAAAUAAAGAAAAGUUAAAUUGAAAAA